AAUCGGUCACCUCUUGUUCCGCCGGACGUGAACACACGAGCUGGCAGCCACAACCAGCAGCACACGUGAAAAAAAAUAAAACACACGGAGGAAAAAUAACAGACAGCGGACAUACGAUGGACAUCAGCGAGGUCCCCGUCAGUCUGGACACCAAAGGUAAGAAACAGAAGCACACGAAACCGAAGAAGAAGAGUGUGAGCGCGGACGCAAAUGGAGACGACGGCGGAGCGGAGAAGAUGGAGAACAGUGAGGAAGCGUCUUCCUUCCCCCCCACCUUCAGUGUGUCCGAAAUCAAGAACAAGCAGCGACGACACGUCAUGUUCAUGAAGUUCAAGCAGGAGAAGAGGAAGCAAAAGAUUCAGCUGAAGAAGAAGAAGAAAAAAGAAAGGGAAGCGCUCGGUGACAAGGCACCACCUAAAGAGGUCCCGAAGACGAUAGAAAACCAGAGGGUGUACGACGAGACCACAGUCGACCCAGAGGAUGAAGAGGUUGCAUUUGACGAGGGAACGGAUGAAUUUUCUGCCUAUUUCAAUGGGAUCACAAACCCCAAAGUGCUCAUCACGACAUCAGACAGACCCAGAGGGAGGACGGUGAGGUUUUGCGAGCAGAUGGCCACAGUGAUCCCAAACGCCCACGUGUACUACAGAAGAGGUUUGGCUCUGAAGAGGGUCAUUCCCCAGUGCGUCGCCAGGAACUUCACGUACCUCCUGGUCAUCAACGAGGAUCGCAAAAUGCCCAACGGUAUGGUUCUCUGUCACCUACCUGACGGGCCGACUGCACACUUCAAGGUCAGCAGUGUUCGACUUCGGAAAGAGAUGAAGAGACGAGGCAAAGAUCCCACCGAACAUUCUCCAGAGGUGAUCCUGAACAACUUCUCCACACGCCUGGGCCACAGCAUUGGCCGUCUGUUCGCCGCUCUCUUUCCUCAAGACCCGCAGUUUGUGGGCCGACAGGUCGCCACCUUCCACAACCAGAGAGACUUCAUCUUUUUCAGAUUCCACAGGUACAUCUUCAAGAAUGAGAAGAAAGUUGGCAUUCAGGAGCUGGGACCACGCUUCACCCUCAAACUACGCUCUCUCCAGAAAGGCACCUUCGACUCAAAGUUUGGAGAGUACGAGUGGGUCCUUAAGCGCCAUGAGAUGGAUGCCUGCAGACGGAAGUUCCAGCUCUGAGUACACAGGAUGGCUUCGAUUACCAAGACAUUACAGCUUUUUGUGGACUCAACAGAAAUUGACUCUACAGCAGACGUCCCAGAUUCACUGAGGAAUCACUGAACAUUUAUCCUAAGGAGAUGUUCAACACUGACGACUUGGAGACAAGAAGCUGUAGCUCAAAGCAAGGACUUUAACUCUGUCUAUUGUUGGCAGAGCAGAGACACGCAGACACCCCCAUUAAUCUGCAAUUUUUGACCUACAUGUUUAUGUGGCAGAUGUGCAGUUCUUAUGAAAUAUAUCUUCUCAGACUGUAUGAAUGUGGCCCAAAUUGUUUGUUCACAGAGUCAAAUGUGAUCUUGGUCUGUGCAUAUGACAUGAAGAACAGUAGACUAAAUGCAUCAGUAUGGGUAACAGGACUUUCAAAAAUAAAUAUACAAAUUGAACACAUUUCUAAAUGUGUGUAUACUUUUAAUAAAAGUUUAAAAAU